UGUGGCCAUGGCGGCCGCAGUCUCAACUGUGGUGAGGCGAGUGGAGGAGCUGGGGGACCUGGCUCAAGCCCACAUACAGCAACUUAGUGAAGCCGCGGGUGAAGACGGAGUAUGUUCUUCAAAGACCCACAGACCACCCUGAAGCUGACUUCUUUUUUGGUUUGUGAUCACUUUUUAAUUCGGGCCUCAGCAGCUCUGGAAAAACUGAAACUUUUAUGUGGAGAAGAGAAAGAAUGUUCAAAUCCAUCAAAUCUUCUAGAACUUUAUACACAGGCUAUUUUGGACAUGACAUAUUUUGAGGAGAAUAAGCUAGUAGAUGAAGAUUUUCCUGAAGAUUCUUCUUACCAGAAAGUAAAAGAACUAAUCAGUUUUCUUUCAGAACCAGAAAUUUUAGUUAAAGAAAAUAAUAUGCAUCCAAAACUUUGUGAUUUGCUUGGGGAUGAGCUACUUGAAUGUCUCUCUUGGAGACGAGGAGCCCUACUGUAUAUGUAUUGUCAUUCUCUGACCAAAAGAAGAGAGUGGCUCUUGAAAAAAUCUAGUUUGCUUAAAAAGUACCUUGUUGAUGGAAUCAAUUACUUACUACAAAUGCUUAAUUAUCGGUGUCCUAUCCAGUUAAAUGAAGGAGUUUCUUUUCAAGACUUAGACACAGCUAAAUUACUGAGUGCAGGAAUAUUUAGUGACAUUCAUUUGCUGGCUAUGAUGUACAGUGGAGAAAUGUGUUACUGGGGAUUGAAACAUUGUGUGGAUCAACAGCCAGAAAAUCGUGAAAUGGAUACUGGUGUUUCCGGAGCAAGCUGCAUGACACACAAGGAAUCCUUGGAUUUCCGAGAAGUAGGAGAAAAAAUUUUGAAAAAGUAUGUAUCUGUGUGUGAAGGACCCCUGAAGGAACAAGAGUGGAAUACAACAAAUGCAAAACAAAUUUUAAAUUUCUUUCAGCAGUCCUGUAAGUAGUAAUUCAUGUGGUCUUUUUCAAUCAGAAAGACAAAAAGACCCAUGUGAUGGAAAAUAAAUAAAUAAAUAAAUAAAAGACAUACUGAAUUUGAUGUUAUAGUAAUAUAGAUACCCAGUAUGGUUGCCCUUCUUUAAAUGCCAUCCUCAUCUUUCAUUGUAUAUUCUUAAACCUGUGGGGGAAAAAAAAAUGAUUCCUUAACAUCUAAGAUGGCAUAUAUUUUAUUCUAACUCAGCUUGAACUGCAGGUAUCCUGUCAUUAGUAAGGAGGAACCCAAUUUAGCUUGUCAGAUAUUUUCCCCCCUAAUACUUUAGGUUAUUUUUGUUUGUUUAAAAAAAAAAAAAUAUAUAUAUAUAUAUAUAUAUAUAUAUAUAUAUAUAUAUAUAUAUAUAUAUAUAUCAUAAACUCUAAUUUCCCUUUCUUAAAGUUUGCUAUCCUUCAGUUCACCUCAUUGCUUUGAACAGAUAUUCUGAAUAAAAAUGUAGGCAAAAUGAAAGAUUAUGACUAAUAUUCAGAUGCCAUUUCCAAUAAGGUCAAUAACAAAAGAUUCCACAAAGGAAUCAUUGUUUUAAGCUCUUUUGCCAUGUAUUACUACAAAUCAUAUUUACAGUUUUUAAUUCUAGCAUGUAUGAGGCCCUGGUUCAAUCUCCCAAUACUUAAAAAAAAAUUAUUAGGCAUCCUAUGAAAAUUUAAAAAUGAUUUCCUAUUUUGUUUAAAAUAAGAUGCAUAUUUCAAGUAAGGAAGGAUAGGUUAGUUUGUCAUUACUUCAUACAAUUUUAGGGCACAUCUUUUGAAGUUUUAUCAUUUUUUGCCCUUAAUAAUAGGGAUGGAAUGCUAAAGGCCAAAGAGCCUGAUUUGAUAUCUUGCUUACUAAGUCUUCCUGUCUACCUCAGCUCCUGCUAUCUUGGGAUAAGCUGUCUGAUACCUUGAUAAUAAACUGGACUUCUGCUCUAGUGACUUUAUCACAUUCCAGCAGCUUCAGUAUUAACCAUCCUGAGUUUCCCUUCUGAAAUCUCAAAUUUCAGUAACUGAUGACAAUUCUCAUCUUUUCCUCUUUUUUAUUUCCUGAUUUUUGUGUCAUCUGUAGCUUCUUCACAGCCUUUUCUUGCUCCCCUUACUCCUAAAUUAUCAAACCCCUUUCAGGUUUUCUUUCUUCCCUGUUCACCCUCAGCUUUCUGGUGCACCUUAUGUACUAUCCCUAGUUGUUCCUUCUGUCAUUAUUCUUUAGGCUAGUCAUUCUAUGAGCCCUAACAUUGAAUGAGCUACCUUUUCUGGGUUGUUGAGUUCUGUGGGAAGGGCAUGUAGUCCUUCAAAGUGGAAUCACAUUGUCUCCCAAGCCCUUACAAUAAGCCUUUUGUUUGUCACUAGGUGGCCUUUCCCUUUUCCCACUGUAUUUGAGCCAAACUUUGUCACUUUCCUCAGAUACUCUGCCCCUCCCCUAGAGCAUGGCCCAUCCUCCUAUCAUACACAAAGUUGAAGCUAUGAAGGAUAUUAGCAAGUAUUUACUAUUUUUAUUCAUUUUCCCCUGUUCAGAGGAAAAGAGGUUGCUUGCUUCCUUUUGAAGACAAAUCUAUGUUACAGAUUUCAUCUGUGUUAUUUCCCUCGUUUUCCUGGUGACUUCUCAUUUUCUACUAGAGUUCUCUUCCUUCUGUCCCCCUUUUCCCUCAUUUUUCCCCUCCUUUUUACUCUAAUAAUCUUGUUAUAUGAUAUCAUUCACAGCCAUUGCUUCCUCCACCACCUAUAAUAUCAAGCUGAUUCCCAAAUCAGUAACCUGGACCUCAGCCUCCGUCUUGCUUGCUAAAUCUCAUUUCUAAAGGUCUCUUAAAUAAUCUUCACUUAGAAAAACAUCCACAGUAAUUUUAAGUUCAGUAUGUCCAAACAUCAAAUCCUCAUCUUUUGUGCAUAAUCUUUCUUGCUUCAUGUUUUCUUAUUUUUAGAACUUUUGCAGAGUUGCAUACCUUCCCAGCUUUCUCUUUGUAAACAUCCUGUGUAAUCAUAUUCUAGUCCAGUUUUUCUCAAACAUUGAAAACCCAUAUUUCUUUUUCAUAAACAUAAAAAUUCAUACAGAGCCUUCAGGGCAAGGAGAAAUUCUCCCCAUCCCUGCCAAGCCCCCUGGCUUAUCUUUGCACAGCCAAGAAGAUUUGUAUUUAACUUAGCGUUUUAGCAGGUUUUAUUAUGAAAAUACCUUUGUGCUUUCUGAAUAUAAAUAUUUAAGGAAUUUUUAAUAUGGUUUUUAGAAGCACAGACUGUCCCUUUUUAUUUUAGAGAUCAUGAUCAAUCAGUCAUAAGUACUUCCAGUUCUUUCUACAAUAUGCUUGUGUUUUUUCAGUCUUAAUAACUUGGUAGACAUCAUUAAUUCUGUGCCCUUCUUUGUGGCCAAGUGAACACCUACUUAUCUUUUAGGAUGCAGCUUCAUUGAUAUUGUGUCCAAAAACUUUUAUCAGCCUUCUCCAGUCUAAAUUAGAUGUUUCUUUGUUUUAUUUUCUUAGUUUUCCCUUCCUGUGCUAUCACACUUACCACAUUGUUUUGUAAUUAUUUUCCUUACUACUGGGUGAAAUGUACCUUUACACACAGUGCUUCAGGCAUGGUCGCCCUUAGUAAUUUUUUUAAAUUAAUGAGGCAUGAUUCAAAGUGUCAAACUGCACAAAAGAGUUGCUGCUAUUGGAUUCCAAACUGCCAUGCUCUUUAUACCAGUGGUUGAUAUAUAUCUCCUCAGAGGAGGAAAAUAUUAUUUAGAUUCCAAACCUGAGAAAACAAGAGAAUUUUAUCUUCAGAAGCUUGUAACUUUAUUUUGCCUUCAUGACCCUUGUAGACUCACUGGUUGGUGAGGUAUUACUGGGUGCUUUUUUUGUACAACUUUCCAUUAUCCAAACAAUUGGAGAAUAAUUUGUACACCAUAACAGUAACAGUGGUUUUUACUCUGGUGUGUGAUAAAUGAAAAAAAAAAAAAUUUUUUUUUUUUUUGUAUGUGUUAAGGCCUUCUAAGUAAAUUCUUUUUCAUUUAGAAUGAAAUCACCUUAGAAUACCAAAUAUUCUAUAUAAGGAAAGUAGUAUAAUCCAUUCAUUCAGCAACUACUGCCUUUUGUCUCAGGCACUAAGGGUAUUGCUACUAAACACCCUCCUCUUUCAGAGUUCUAGAGGAGGAAGUAACGCAAAGCAUUUUAAGGAGUAUAGUGUCAAGUGAUCAGUACUAUGAAGAGUAAAGCAGGGAAGGGGCUAACAGGAUUUGGGGUGGGUGUUGUUUUACCUAAAGUGGUGGGGAAGUCACCUCUAAGCACCUGUCUACUGCUGAAACAUUGUGUCUUCAAAUUCAACCCUGUUGUGUAAAUGCCUUGUAUUUAUAGUAUAUUCAUAAAUAUACUAUUUAUAUAUAUCAUUUUCUUUCCUAUGGAAGUCCUGAUACUGAAUUAAGGUAUGACUUACUACUUAAGACCUUCACAUUUUGUUACAUUUAAAGGAUUUCUUUUUAGUGUGGUCUUUACUAAUGGGUGAUGUUAUUACCUAAAGGUCUGUUGCACUUUGUACAUGUGGGGUUGCUCUUCAAUUUGAAUUCUCUGAUAGCUAAUAAAAUUUAAACUCUGCUAAAGGAUUUUUCACAGUUCUUAAAUUUGUAUGAUUCUUUUCCCAGUAUGAAUUUUCUGAAGUCAGCAAGACUUUAACACAUAAUUAAGGGCCUGAUUUGCUACAUUUAUAGGGUUUCUGGCCACUGUGAAUUAAUUGAUACUGAUAAAGGUGCAAAUUAUGACUUUUCCUUAUUCCUUUGCCUAUACUAGAGUGAGGUGAGAGUCAUUGCUAAAACCUAACAUAAAAUUACAUUCCUUUACAGUCCAGCUGCAAAUUCUCUGAUAUUCUUUAAAAUGUGAGCUAUGUCUAAAAGCAUUCCUAGAUUCAUUUAAUGGUAUUUUCAAGAACCCACAGCUGGUUAACAUGCUAGUUUUAGACUGUCUCUUUUCACCUUCCCUUUUCUUCUAGGGCCCCUUCAGUAAGGGUUCCCCAUCUGCCACAAAUCCAAAAUUCUAUAAUACUCUAUUACCACGUCUCUGUAUUUUUUUAAACACAUAUGAAUUGUUGUACUUAUGGAAGUAUUACAUUAAGAUACAUUUAAUAUAGCCAUGAUUAAAGUAUGUAUUAUAUAUUUAUGCUGAUGUUCUCUACUGUUUUGUUUUUCCUACUUCUAGUGAAAAAUCCAAGUAAAAUGUUUUGGAACAUUUAAAAUUUGUAAAAAAUAAAAUCAAAUUCCCCUA